AGACUGAAAUAUCAGAGACAGCCAAGCAUAGCUGUUGAACUUCACGAGUAGGCCCAAAUACCCACCAAAGAAAAGGAAAUAAAGUACCAUUACCAACAACAAAAAAAGCAAAGCAAAGCGAUACAAAGAAGAAGAUCAUGAUGCGGUACAAAGAGGAGAAAGAAGCAAAGAAGGAGGCUUUCAGGAAGUAUUUAGAGUCCAGUGGAGUUCUUGAUGUUCUCACAAAAGUUCUGGUUGCUUUAUAUGAGCAGAAUGAUAAGCCUUCCUCUGCCCUCGAGUUCAUUCAACAAAAAUUAGGUGGUCCAUCUGCAUCCGAAUAUGAAAAGCUACAAGCUGAAAUGUCAGAUUUGCAAAUAAAGUAUAAUCAACUUUUAGCAGCACACCAAGAAAUAUGCAAAGAGUCAGAGGAAGUAAAGCAUUCACAGGAUGUUGCACCACCAUCAUCAAAGGAGACGGUUGAUGAGGAGGGCACAAAAUAUAGGCUCUGAAAGUGAGAUCAUCGAUUUGAUGCUUUGUUAAGUGAAAUAAAAAACUUCAUUUCUCUUUAAGCGAAGGCUGGAAUUGUUGUACUUAUAAUCCAUAACAGGCUCCAAAACUUCUUGCAGUAAAUGUUAGAUCUUCUUUUUCCCUUCUA